GCUCCGGGCGGUAUGCGGCAUCGCACCCUCGCCUCGGCCCCUGGCCUGUGGGCCUCCAUCCCUUGUCCACGCUCCGAGCUGGACCUGGGCCUGGUCUUGUCCUCAGGCCAGUCCUUCAGGUGGAGAGAGCAGAGCCCUGGGCACUGGACGGGGGUCCUGGACGGCCGGCUGUGGACCCUGACCCAGACGGACGACCGGCUGCACUACACCGUGUACGGGGAGUCGGCCGGGCCCGAGGCCCCGCAGACCCUGCGCCGCUUCUUCCAGCUCCACGUCCGCCUGGCCGACCUGUACCGGCACUGGGCCUCCGCGGACCCCCACUUCCGAGAAAUGGCCCCGAGAUUCCCGGGGGUCCGGCUGCUCCGACUAGACCCCGUGGAGUGUCUCUUCUCCUUCAUCUGCUCCUCCAACAAUCACAUCUCGAGGAUCACCGGCAUGGUGCAACGGCUGUGCCAGCACCUGGGGCCGCAGCUGGGCCGGCUGGACGGCGUCUCCUAUCACGGCUUCCCCAGCUUGCAGGCAUUAGCUAAAGCUGAGGUGGAACCUCAACUUCGGCAGCUGGGUUUUGGGUACCGUGCCCGCUAUGUGAGCGAGAGUGCCCGUACCAUCCUGAAUGAACGAGGGGGAUCCAGCUGGCUGCAGCAGCUACGUUCAGCAUCCUAUGAGGAAGCCCAACAGAACCUCUGCUCGCUGCCUGGGGUUGGGGUAAAGGUGGCCGACUGUGUGUGUCUCAUGGCCCUGGACAAGCCCCAAGCUGUGCCUGUGGAUGUCCACGUCUGGCACAUCGCCCGCCGGGAUUACAGCUGGCAGCCCACUUCCAAGGGUCAGAAGAGCCUGAGCCAGAAGGCUAGCAAAGAGCUGGGAGACUUCUUCCGGAGCCUGUGGGGUCCGUAUGCUGGCUGGACUCAAGCGGUGCUGUUCUGUGCAGACCUCCGACAGAUCCCCAAACCACAGAUUCUCCAGGCAAAGGCAAAGUCUCGGAAGCGCAAAAGGGGGGCCUCUGAGGAGAGCAGGGGCCCAAUGUCAGGGCAAGAGGACACUGGAGACCCAGGGUGACAGGAAACUGCCCCACUCUUCAGUACCGUCAGAGACCCUAGUUCCUCAGCAAGAUCAGAUCCCUUCCUCCCCUCUCCCCAACCCUACCAAGCCUUGGGUUUGGGGGUUCCCUGACUUCCAGCAUCUACCUCAAGGGUACUUUAUGUCCCCAUAACAGAUGGUCAGUGUGCACUCUUGGGAUGAAAGCUGAAGGGAUGAAAUAAUCCAAUGGUUUUAACCUCUUCCCUUUAAUAAAAGAAUGAACAAUAAAAUAGAAA